AUGUCUGGACACGACGCACACGCAAACCCCAACACCUUGCACGGGCACGAGGAGUGUUUUUGCGGUGAUAUAGGUGCCGCUAUGACACUCGGUAUGAUACGCGAACAUUGUAUGUUCGGACGAAAAUGGAAUAUACUUUCUAUGUUGCUACGCAAGAGAGCUAACUGGUUGUGCAACUGGACGCUAAUGGACAUGUUGAUGAAGGCGACGUUGUCCACAGAAGAUGGACCGGACAUGGAGACUAUACGUCUCAUGUCAACCAGUAUAGCCGAACUGGCCGUUGGGGCAGUUGCUUUUCCGAUGACGGUAUUUGUCUUAUCGGACAUCGUAUCCAAGUUUUCGGCCCACUUUCAAUUAAAUGAUUUUGAUACUCUACUCCUCAUGCUGGAUCAUGGUCGAAAUGCUGGGGGUCGGGGUAUGGAUCGCGUAGAAGCAACGAUUUACGAGCUGAAACUCUCUGCGAUCAUGGUUGGGGUGCAUGAGAUGUCCGACUGGCACGACGAAGUUCCAGACGUGUCGACGGACCCCCUUGUAGUGGAGAAACUCCCCCGUGCAGCUCUUGUUUCUACGUGCACGGUGUGCAAGGACGAUACCGACACGUCUGGAACUAGUAUGCCCUGUGGACACAUUUUCCACACUACUUGUAUCCGCGCGUGGCUUACCAGGGCAAACACCUGCCCCUUGUGUCGCGCUGAGCUACCAGCAUCAGAGAUACAAUGGGAUUCGGUUGUGAACUUUGAUUGA